AUGGAAUUUAUGGAAUUUUCAUAUUUUGUUCCUGCCUUGAAAGUCGUAUCGAGAAUUAUGGGUCUUAAUGAACAUCUAGCAGGAGUAACGCUCUUAGCUUUUGGCAAUGGGUCCCCCGAUCUUAUAGAAGCUUUCUCAAACCUAGGCGGUGGCGAUCCAAUGUUCCCGGAUCUGUUUGGAGCCGGAGUAUAUGUGGUUCUUUUUGUUGCUGGUCUUAUAUUGCUAUUUUACCCAUUCGAGUUACAAUGGAACAAUGUGCUGAGGGAUGCGUGUUUCUUAAGUUUCGGAAUAAUAUAUGUUGACUACUGUUGCGUAUCAGAUGGAGUUGUCACACGCACCGAAGCCAUACCUUCAAGAGAUAUUAAAAACGAUUCUUCUGCCUUGUUAGCUGCGAAUCUCGUGAAAUUAGAACAACUACAAGCGGAGGCUGGCAUAGAAAUACUCGAUCGUACCUCACGAAUGUCCAUAGAUGUGAAUAUAACACGAACAAUGUCUUUUGAUGCUUUAUUAAAUGAACCCAAUAAGGAUCUAAUGAAGCAAUUCAUUGAAUCUUUAAAUCCCAUACAAAGGGUGGAGUGGCUGGAAAGUGGUUUUGCGGGAAAGAGUUAUCUUAUUGUCACAGCACCAGUAUUAUUUGUCCUACAGCUUUUUAUUCCCGUUGUGGACUAUGAACGAGAACGUCAUGGCUGGUCGAAAUUAUUGAACUCGAUCCAAAUCCCUUUUGUACCAUUGAUUGUAGUGUAUGCGCUGUCAACAAAUGUAUUUUUACUAGGCUUGCCACUUUGCUGUCACACUUUACCGAUUACCAUACCCAUAUCGUGCUAUAUGCUAUAUACAACACGAACCGAUAUUCCACCCAAUUAUCAUCAAGUCAUAGCUUUGUAUGGUGUUGCUUGUUCCAUUUUAAUAAUUUACUACUCGUCCAGUGAAUCCGUCGAAAUAUUGCGCGUCAUUGGCAUUGUGACCAACAGAAGCAACUCAUUCCUUGGAUGCACCUUACAAGCCUGGGGUAAUAGUAUUGGCGACUUGGUAUCAACCAUUGCUUUGGCACGCCAUGGAUAUCCGCGAAUGGGUUAUGCUGCUUGUUUCGGCGGUCCAUUUUUUAAUUCGAUUUCAUCAUUUGGAGGGGUUUUUAUAUACGAAACCUUUCGUAGCGAAACACCUAUAUCCGUUCCGCAAGGCAGCUUAGGCGAAAAUUGUGUAAUUUUCCAGUUUAUAGCUGCAUUAUCAGUUUUGGCAUGGUCCACUUUAACGAAUUUUUCCGCUCGACGGAGUAUUGGUGUCUUCAACUUCAUAUUAUAUGCAAUAUUUUUAGUUUUCGUGUUCUUGGGAGAAUUAGAAAUUAUUGAAACGUUCGCUCCUGAACAAGAAGAAGAAAUGCUGGAAUCGUAGAAAUCAACAAGGAAAAAGCUUUGCAGUUUUGAUGAGUAACUUUUGUUCAUAUCGCACAAAUACUUCAGAUGUGUAUUAACUCAAAAUGACCGGCUCGCCAGGAAAUGCUAAAAAACUAUUUUUACUUUACAUUCUUUCUACAAAUUACACUAAAAUUUUGCCCCAACUUUUUCUGAAUGUAAUAACUACGAUUGGAAUCGCUCAUUUUCCGAACCAGAUUUAACAGAUCCAUUUAAGCGUUCGAAUCGGUUUAACAUUAAACAUCCGCAUGAGUUUAUUUCCGUGGAUGAUUUAAAAUUUUUCAGGCGGAGGAAACACCCACCGGACCAACAUUCACGAAGCAAUAUUUGCCUGCAACCAAGUGAUGAACCAGCGCUUCCAUUUAGCUCCCUUAAAACUGAGUACAAGCGACAAUUUCGAGGUUUAUAUAACAAUUUAAGGCCGAUUCUUUUACGAAGAUCCACAUCAUUGCACUUUAAAGGCUUAAUGCAAAAUAAAUCUGAACAUCAGGAGCAAUUUCAUUGGUACACACCGGAAGACUUGAAGUA